UGCGUGUCGAAACAAACCGCACGCCGCCGCCGUAGUCCUCGUCGACGUCGCCGUGCGUAUUAUACCAUCCGCGGCACUGCGCGCGGUAGACACGACCAUCGCGAGUACGGUGUAUGAGUGUGUGUAAACGUGUGUGCGUGUGUGUGUUUUUUAAAAUUUUUUCGUCCACGCGAAAUUUCCGGCACCCACGAGUGUUUCCGCCGUCCUGUCUAGUGUGCCGGGGAAAAAUCGAGUUUUUCAAAUCAAAAAUCGCAACGACAACCCGAGAGAAUAUCUUUCGGGUCACCCGUGUUUUUCGGAAAUAAUAAACCGUCGUCGUCGUCGCCGUUUGAUAUUUUAAUAAGAUACGUGUCUCGUACGCUCAACUAUCUAUAUACAGUGUACGAUUUUUCCGGCCACAAAGGGGUCGGGGCGGAUUUCCCCGCAUCCGGUACGGGAAAGAGUGGCGGUGGUAGAGGAGGAAAAAUAUAUUACGUGAAAAGGAAAAAAAUCGCUCAGAAAUCUUCGUCCUAGUUCGUCUGUAUAUCUAUCGUAGUACGAUUCGAUAUUAUAAUAUACGCCGACCGACCGACCGACCGCUUGCCGGCCCGCCCGCCCGCCGCAUUACUCGCGUGUUUGUUGUGUUAAUACGUGAGAGUGAGACUUUGGGUUCCUUCCGGUUUCGACCGUCCGUACGAGAACAAAAUAUAAUACUAUGAUUUACGCCUGUAGGAUUCGAUUUGGAUUACCAUCAUGUACGCCGCGGCCAAAUGAUGUAUGAUACUGACUCGGAGUGCGGCCACGCCGCACCGCUGACGCUGCAUUAUGGCAACCACCACGUGUACCUGAUGGCGGAAAUCCAGCAGGCCGGAGACGAGCACUCGGACAUGGAGCUGAUGUGUGAGCAGGGCGCCACCAUCCGGGCCCACUCGCUGGUGCUGGCUUCCGUCAGCCCGCUGGUCCGGCGGCUGCUCAAGGAGGACAACGUGUGCAUGUACCACAACCUGGUGCUCCAGUUCCCGGAGAUCAAGGAGUCGCACAUGAAGACGGUGCUGGACUUCAUUUACACCGGACAGGCCAGCGUGUUGGAAAACGAAUUCGACGAGGUGGUCAGCCUGUUGAACUUGUUGGAGAUUCGGUCGGACACUUGGCAGCGGGCCAUGUACGAAUCGACGUCGCCUACGUCGCCGCCACCACCUGGACAACCACCUUCAGCUGCGUCAUCGGACGUUUCUGCAAGGACGGAUCCGGAGAACCUGUCGCCAGCGUCCCGAUGUGAUGUGCACCCCAAAAAGCGGCGGAGACGGUCGUCCGUGCCCGUAAACCUGUCCAUCGACACGAAAAACGAAGAGGACACGUCCAUCUCCCAAUCCAACUGGCGGGUAUCCAAGUUCGAGGAAAGCCAUCGGAAAUUGAGGCGGCGAAGCAGUUCACCGUUCGACGACUACGCCCACCACCAUGAACGUGACUACCACCACAACGGUUUCCAACCGUUUCCGAAACGUGAACCGCACUGGGUCGAAACCGAAUACCGAAGUUCGCAGCUUCAAUACAGCUGCGAGGUGAACUUACCGUACAUGGACCCCGCGGAACCAAACUUAGAUCCCGAGACCGAAGAGACGAACGACUCAGACAGUAAGGACGCGAGGCUGAACCCCGCCGACUACGUGGUGACUCCGAGGAAACGAAAGAAACAGCCCGGGUUUCAGAACUCUCCAGCCCAGAAUCCGCCGUUCGUGCCCAUGUACUUCCACGAGAUGGCGUUCAGGCACCAGAAGAUCACGCAGUCGCUCAGCUCAUUCGUGCACCACCCAUUCGGGUCCACGGCACAACAACCGCUGACCCUGCCACGGACCACUGACGACGGUGGCCGGGACACGCCACCGUCCAGGACACCCAUCUACAUGGGUCGGUCCAGAUCUCAGGACUCCGGCGUGUACAGACCGCCACCGCCACCACCGCCCCCACUGCACCCACCACCUCCGCCACCGCCGGACAACGACUGCAGUCCGCCGCCGCCGUCAGGGCAACCAACGCAGUCUUCAUCGUUCGGUGGUUUCCCUGAGAACGGGUCACCCUGGAAACCAUCGUCCGACGUGAAACCGAUAACGCUGCAGCCGUGUACGGCGUCGUCCGAGUCGGCGGCGGAAGUGCAGCACCACCACCAGCCGCACCAGCCACACCAGCACAGCUCGCCGGCGUCUGCGGCCGGACCGGCGUCCGCGGCGUCGUCGUCCGACACGGAAGACAAGUCGUCCGGCUGUGUGGGCGGCGCGGGCCGCGAGUACAAGUGCACGUACUGCGGCAAGCAGUUCGGCAUGAGCUGGAACCUGAAAACGCACCUCCGCGUGCACACGGGCGAGAAGCCGUUCGCGUGCCGCCUGUGCGUGGCCAUGUUCAAGCAGAAGGCUCACCUGCUCAAGCACCUGUGCUCGGUGCACAGGAACGUGAUAUCGCCCGGCACCAGCGCCGCCGACCAGGAGACGGCGGCCGCGUUCAACUGCUGCUUCUGUCAGAUGACGUUCGACACGCUCCAGCAGCUGGUCCGCCACUUCUCCGGGCCGCACAACAACCUGCUGCUCACCAAGAACCUGAACGCCUGACGCGCUGACCACCAACCACCACCAACCUAACUUUGUUCUCUCCGGGUGGCUAUGUCCUGUCUCGCCGAUUUUUCUAACAUUAAUCAUACAUUACUGUGUAAUACGUUUUUCUGUGGAUAAGACGCGUGUACCUCUGUUAUACAGCAUUUUUUUUUUUUAUCAUUAUUAUUAUUAUUAUGUACAAAAAAAAACCGUUUUUCGUAAUUUUUACCAGCUGUUAUCGUAUUAUUAUUAUUAUUAUUAUUAUUAUUAUUAUUAUCAUUGUUACUGUUCUCGUCGUUGUUAUUGUUAGACUUCAGAGCGUACAAAUAUUCGUCCGGACGGCUGUUUUCAGCCGGUCAUGAUCUGUUUUGUACUUUUGGCGUGUGACGCCACACCAUCGCCACUCACCCACGCCACCGUUGGCAUCAUUCGUUUAGGGGCGCGUUUAUAUACAUUCCAACGUGUCUCGCAAACCUAUUAUAAAAUAUAAUAUCUUAACUCAGUGUAAUAUGUCAUACUCCCUUCGUCGGAGGAGUCGUGAUAAAAAACUUCGAAAAAUUCAAGACGUUGUCCAAAAGUGUUCAUCAUAUUAUAAUUUAUAGCGAACGUUUUCUGAUUGUAUAAUUAUUAUUGUAUAUACUUCCUACGUGUUACUAAUAUUUAUAUAGAGUUAAAUCGCGAGCUCCGAAUCACGUAUAUUCGUCGUAGGUACUUACGCAUUCCAGUCGCAAUGGAGUUCGAAAAAAAUCAACAACAAUGACAACAACGACGAUGACAACGAUUUUGUUAUGCCGACGUGUGAAAUUCGCGUGACUAAAUACUAAAUGUAUAGAUACUUAAUUCAUAGGGAAAAUUAAGAUCUCUAGAAAUGAAUAAUAUGAGCGGUAUAUAUGCCUACGUUUAAGUUAAAAUAGAAUAAUUAUUAUGAAAAACUACGUCCUAAAUCGAUCGUUACCUUUAUGUUUAUAAAACAAUAGUUUUUUUUUUUUUUUUUUUUAAUAAUAGUGUAACAUUUUAACAAAAUAUUAAAAUAAUAUCGAAUGACCUAUGUGCGCGCAAAUGCGUGUACUGCAAAGAUUUGACGGUGUUACGCGUUCAGACUGUUGUCGAAUCUCAGCGAUACACUCCGCGCAAAGUGUUCUCGGACCGUUCGUUCGACUCUGUUCGGUCCACGGCCACUCCGACGAUCGCCACGUCAUUCACGUGAUAUCGACAAAAUAUUACGUUCACAGCGCACUUCCAAACGGGCUUUCGAACUUGGCCGUGUGCGAGAUGAUAUUUUAUGGGAGUCGGACGCGAUCUCGGUGCAGGUGUCGUCCGUGCCAAAUCGAUAUAAUAUGGAUACUUAUUUAAUUUUAGGCGCUUGGCAUGUGACGAAUGCCAAACGAAACUUGUACAUAUAGAGUAGAGUGAUGUCGUGUAUCGUGAAUAUACGCGAAGUGUUUCGUACACAGUAUUGUGUUUUUGCGAACGAAAAAUACCAUGUACAUAAAUUCCAGUAGUGUUACGGUAUUAAUAAUAGUGAAUAGCAAUAAUAAUAUCAUGUGUUGUAAUAUUAUGUACAUUGCACAAUAUGUAUAAAUUAAAACGCGUAUUAAUAUUAUAAUAUAGUGACGCGUGAUCGAAACUAGUCAUAAUUUAUUCGCCAAGAUAUAUGUGUACGAAAUGUAAAAACAAUAAAAUAUUGUGUGUAAAUGUGUGUACUACCUGAAUACAACACCAACCGUGUCUGUAAAUAUAAUGUAUAAUGAAUAAACGGUUUACUAAAACUUUUACUUUA